AUCUGGACAAGGAAGGAAAUCUAGAUAAGGAAGGAAAUCUGGACAAGGAAGGAAGCACCAACUGCCACAUCGAGCCACAAGCAACCCUCGUCCACUUCAAUAGGUGCUAUUUGCAUUCAAAUUUCAGUGGCAUUUGUUUCCCGAAAUGUUCGGCUAGCUAGUUGACGCAUCUCGGCGGGGGCGAGGGAGAGGCUCCUUGCUUAGCGGCAUGUGUUGGUUUGUCUUUGUCCCGGGCUGAGCCACAUCCAUCAUGGUCACAGGCAUGGUCACAGGAAUGGUCAUAGGCAACCGCUGGAGCUGGGAGGCCCAUCUGGGCUGGGGGUUGGGCUAUCAAACGCGGAAUCCCGGCAAGUCAUGUGUCUUUUGUCAGUAGACACAUGCACCCCCCUCGUGCAGCUAUCAACUAGAGGUACUCGGUCAUAGCCGGCGUCGUGUUGCUCCCCUGCCUCAACUCUAGUCUCCUCUCAGGCCAAAGGACAAACAGCAAACGAUAAACAGUAAACAAUAAACAACAAACAAUAAACAACAAACAACAAACAACCGGUGUCGGCCUGGGGUUGCUGCCGACCUCCGAUGUCAACCACCCCUCCCCCCUGAAAGCGCUGAGUGCUGAGUACCUACCUUCCUGCCCACCUCGACUAGGCAGCUUCGGCUCGCUCUUUCCGCCCACAUCUGCGGCGGAGCGAACCGUCCGGCCCAUCCCACUUCGAGGGGCCUUGUCCCAUCAAUAGUACCCUCUCCCGCAGGUACCAGCGCGUUAUCGGUACCCUGGCACCGGGCAGGGCCAGCCACAGGUCGCCGGCAGUGGGUGCCACGCCCUGACAUACAGCACGUACCGGUACCUCCUGCCUCUGCCUGUCCGGUCCCGAGGCUGUGGUUUGGCUUCUUUCCGCGGGCUUGUCUUGGCGCCACGCUAAAAGACGAACAGCACAUCCGGGGCCCUUACCGGUGAGACUGUGCCUCGCCCACCGUCUGCCCAGUGGCCUCUCUCUGGGUUCAGCUGCAAUCCGCCGCUUUCUCCAGCCUGGCGCCGGCCCCGACCGGUAUCAGGGCAGUCGGCGCCACUGCGGUCGCAUCAGGAAACCCCCUCGUCGUGGCUUUACUGCGUCGACUGCCGUCGGAAGAGGGACAAGCUACACUCGACAUCCUCCUCCACAGCCACCUGAUGACCCUCCAUCUCAGCCAGGCACUCUAGGCCCUUCCUUGUCUGGACUCGGUCGCCUCCAGGGAUAAUCCCUGUUAUGUCGUUUUGCUUCCCCUUCCUACUUCUUGCCAUCCUUUUAGCAAAUACGGGAAUCUCCCCGCUACGGUUUCUGGAGAUAUCUCAUUGUCGGUCUCUUUGACACCCUGGCGACCCAGUCCACGGUUCAUAUAUCAAGUGCCCUACCUCAGUACUCCCUCUCACUCUUGACUGGGCUUCCGUGGAGCCCCUGCAAUCUCUCCGGCUUCUAGCGUCUACGAGCCUGUUUUUCUAGACCCAACUCGUCAGGGCUAGUCUAGUCCCCUUGUCGGUUUUACACUCAUCACCCAUACUGUUCUCGGGCAAAUUCCGAAAGCGGUCAGACUUCAGGCAUCAGCCGACUGGCUGCCCCAUCACAUCGGCGCCGGAGCUUGCCACCCAAACACGCCCCCCCUGUAUUACUGCUUGCGCCGGCCCUUUACUGCAGGCAAACUGGGCAAACUGUAGACCUGUAUAUACUUAGCAGGCCCCCCUCGCCUCCCUUUUCACUGACUGAGCCCAGGCGAGACCGUAAUAGUCGACUAAUCCAGAAUCAUUGGACUAGAUUUACCCUGACCCUUCUCACACACACCCGAGGAAAGGCAUACAGGGCGCUUAAGUCAUGCCUGGACGAAAGAUCCUGAUUUAUCUGCUCCGCAAGGACCUCCGUGUCACUGACAACCCGGUUCUGCACCAUCUGGCAUCGCACAAAGACCAUGGCUUCACACACAUGCUGCCGGUCUUUGUGUUUCCGGCUCAUCAGAUGGAAAUUUCGGGUUUUGUCAAAGAUGGGAGCAAGAGUCCGUACCCCGAGGCCAGGGGCCGUGUCAGCCGGUAUCGGCGCUGCGGCCCUUACCGCGCCAAGUUCAUCGCCGAGUCCGUCUGGAACCUGAAGUCGUCUUUCGAGUCUCUUGAUAGUGGGUUAGAGCUGCGCGCGGGCAUGCUCAAAGACGUUGCGGAGGGGCUUCUCGACGGCCUCGAGAAGCGUGGUGACACGGGCGCCGUGUGGAUGACGGCCGAGGUGUGCCCCGAGGAGACUGCGGACGAGGAUGCCGUCGCGGCCGUCUGCCAGCAGCAUGGCUUUGAGUUCCAGCGAUGGGUUGACGAGAAGUACUUUGUUGAUGAUCGCGAUCUCAACUUCAAGGAAGCACAUGAACUCCCUCAGAUAUUCACCGACUACCGGAAGUCAGUUGAGCCCCUGAGGCAAAAGCCCCGAAAGACCCUCCCUCGGCCUGCUCCUGGUUCCCUUCCUGCAUUCCCAGAGGCCGGGUCCAUCCCCGAGCAGGCAGCGCCCUUUGUCAUACCCGAGACGUACGAAAAACUCGAGCCGGCCCUUCUGCUUCCCUUGAAGGGCCCUUUCGAGACGAUGCUCACCUUACCCGGCGGCUCCAUUAGCGCCCACCCGUUCCACGGAGGCGAGGAUGCCGCACAAGAACGUCUUGUUUAUGUGGUGAGCUCGGGGAUCAUAUCAAAGUACAAGCAGAGGCGCAACGGGCUAGUAGGGGCCGACUUUAGCACCAAGCUGUCGGCCUACCUCGCUCAGGGCUGCAUCACGGCGCGGCAGGUUCACGAGGCUCUCGUGGGCCUCGAGGAUGGGACCGACCCCACGCUCGAGGGUGCCGAGGGCUUCGGCAAGGGAGAAACGGACGACAUCAAGGCCGUGAGGGAGGAGCUCAUGUGGAGGGACUACAUGCGUCUCUACGCCAGGAAGAUCGAGGCCAAGCUGUUUUCUGUGCACGGCUAUCAGAGUGACAGCCGCGGAGAUGGCAGCGGCGCCUCGGUAGAAGACCAGCCACCCGCAGCCGGGGAUGCUGCCACCGCCGCCACCGCCACCCCCGCCGCCACCGCCACCGCCACCACCAGCACCUACCAGACGGCAUGGAAGACGGCAGACCCAGAAGCUGCUGCCUCCACCCCCGAGCAGGUGCGGGAGACGGCGGCCCGCCUGGAGCGGUUCAAGGCCGGCACGACGGGGCUGGGGCUCAUCGACGCGUCGCAACGCGAACUGCUUCACACGGGCUACACUUCCAACCGCGGGCGGCAGAACGUGGCGUCGUUCCUGUCCAAGCACCUGGGCAUCGACUGGCGGUACGGGGCCGAGUGGUACGAGAUGAUGCUGGUAGACUACGACGCCUGCUCCAACUGGGGCAACUGGCAGUACGUGGCUGGCGUCGGCUUCGACCCGCGCGGCAAGGUCCGCAUCUUCAACCCCAUCAAGCAGGCCUUCGACUACGACAAGGACGGCACCUACGUCCGCAUGUGGCUGCCCGAGCUGGCCCCGCUCGCCAGCCUCGAGAACCUGUUCCAGGUCUGCACCACGCCGCCCGACGAGCUCGAGGCGGCCGGGCUGGCCGCAAACGUCAUGGCCACGGACCCGGUCAAGCACAUCCGGUUCAACGUUUCGGGUAAGCCGCCGACCGCCCGCCAGGUGAGGAGGCAGGCCAUCAGGGCGGGCGCCCGCGCCGCCGCGGGGCCAACGGGCCGCCACAGCCCUCCCAAGCCUGGCAGCGCUGACGGUGCCGGCAACGGCGGCGGCGAGCAGGACCAGGCAAAGGUCACCACCACUAGCGCUAGCGCUAGCGCUAGCGCCGUCGCAGGCGCUGGCAGCAGGAACAACAGCAACAGCAACAGCAACAACGCGCAGGCAGUGCUUCUGCAAGCGCCUAGAGGCCCUCUCUCGAAUAGGGGCCAGUGGGGCCGGCCAGCCAGAAGCUACCACGUCUCGGGGCCCGGGAGGGGAGGACCCACCGGCGGCUACGGCGGCGGCCCCCCUCCCUUUGGGGGCAGCAGCAGCCGCAGCCACAACCACAACCCAAACAACAACAACAUGUACCACCGCGGAGGUCCCAGCAAUAGAGGAACCGGCUGGCCCAGACGCGGCGGCGGCCCAGGCGGCCGCACGGCCUACGCCACAACAACCCCGACGCCACCACCCACUCGAGCCUUCCCGGCGGGCGGCCUCGGGAGUCACGGCGGCCGCCACGCGACCAUGGUGGUCAGCGGCGGCGGCGGCGUUGUCGCGAGGGCAACCAUAAGGGGAGGACUCGGCGCGGCGGCGGCGGCGUCGUCGUCAUCGCCACCCGGCGGCGGGCUCGGCCAGCGCUCCACCACGCCGCCGCCGCCGCCGCCGCCGCCGCCGUCUGGCCAGCAGCCGCACCCCGGCGGCGCCUAG